UCUCUAUUUUUCUCUGGUUCACAUUGCCUUUCUAAAGAACCCUUAAAGUUUCUAACCAUGGCAGCCUGGGCAGCAGCAGCUCGUCAAACCGCAUCUCUAGCUCGCCUUUCCUCUCCGACAUCGUCGACUUCGGUGGUUCAAGCAUCUAAGUUAAUCCAGCGGCGCGGUCUCGCCGGUGGUGGAGAUCAUCAUGGACCCGCCAAGGUAAACUUUUGGGAGGACCCUUUGAGCCCGUCAAAAUGGAAGGAAGAGCAUUUUGUGAUUGUCUCUUUAUCUGGCUGGGGAUUACUUUUCUAUGGAGGCUACAAGUUCUUUACUGGAGGCAAGAAAGACAAGGAGGAUGAGAAAGUGGCAGACUCAUCCCACUAAAACAGUUUGGGAGAUUUUGUGGCAGUUCUAUGAUGCCUGGUUGCACCUGGAAAUAAAGUGAUAGGAAGGGAGAGGGUAUUUUUUUUGCCUUCGUUGUAAAACAAUCCAGUUUGGGGCAGUUAUUGUACAUGACUACAGAUGAUGAUAAUGGUGGUGGAUCAUAAGAGGGCCACUUUUGUUCGUCUAUGUUCAUUUGG